GAAGGACCGAAUGAACAGGCCGGUUCCGCUCCGUUUUACUCCAAAUCUGUCGACCUAAACGAGAAGCGAGCGAACAAAGAAUUCAAUGUCAAACGACGGGUCGAGGUGAACACUUACACAUACAUACUUCCUCAUCAAGAAGCCGUCAAGUGAAUCACCCACCAUGAGUGCCAACUUCCGACUUCCGCCCACGCCGAGUUUUACCUGCUCCAAAUACCUUCGCUAUGGAGUGGUGGAAGUCAAACCCUUUGAACCUGGACAACGAUAUCGCAGCAGAAAGGACAUGGAAAAUACGAUUCGAGGCUAUCGGUCGUUGUCCCAAGGAAUUCGGGAAACCUCGGUGGAAAUUGGGAAUAACCGGAAGCGAAUGCAAUCGGUGGAUCGGCAUGUGUUGCCUCAGCUCGCGUUUCACAACUCCACGGUGAGCUAUUCCUCACAGAGAAUGAGCGGAAAUGCCUGGAGCCAUCGAUACGAUUACAACCGGAAGGCGUUUCCCCCCAUUGGGAAAGCCAUGACCUCGGAGCCUGGAAUGAAGCACGCCUAUCGGUACUUUGGAACCCGACCCACGGAAUGAACCGAUACGCAUCCGUCGGGAUCUCAUGGGCUGGACAAUGGACUAUCGGCGAUCCGACCAGGAUCCAUUGUAUGGCCAAUGAAUUGAUGGUCUAUGGUCAUCCCAUCCCUCGAUGGUUGUUGAAACUGCAAAUAAGCAGUAUUACACUGUACCACGUACGACAGACAUCACGCUCAAUACAAUCAGAAACCGCGAAAAAUGAA